AUGCACUACUAUGUGUCGUGGGCCAUCCUGAGCCUUAUAUUGGCACAAGGGCUGCCGGGAGGUGCCGGUACACCUUCAGUUUGCCACUUAGGCGGCGAGUAG